CAACAAGAACCGGCUGCCGGUGUUUUGGGAAAUCUUGUAAAUAUGGCUUUUCGACGGACACCGUAGGCGUAGUUAAAUCUGCCGCAGAGGGCGAAGCAUGUGGAGGGUUCAAGGUUUCAUAAGAGUUUUGCUUCGAUACCAUGGCAGCAGCUCUUUGCGAUUGCCACCGAACCCGCAUGUGGAGGACGAGGUCAUCAACAGUUCGGCCUCUCUCUCCACGACUCGACACCCGCUUGACAGCAGAUCUCGGAAGGAUGACAGGGAGAAGAGGAACAAGCAAAGGACCUGUCAGUUUGGGGAUACUGGGCUUCCAUGUUACACAGCUCUGGAUGCUGUGGGAUGGGGAAUGGUCACAGUGCUGUUCAUGCAGGCCUGCAGAAGGUUCCACUCCACAUUCUCCUCGGGCUCUGAACCCAGUCCCGGUCCUGAAUCCCUGACAGCUCCCACAGCUGUGCAGAAGUGUGGAUACCGGAUCCUGCUAGAGAUAUUAUCGAGGCGCGAUGUCGUGCCCAGAAGAAGAAAUGUGUUGUGCCUGGAGGCCGUGCCGCAGAGUCAGAGCCAGGAUCAGUCUCUGUCUAGCAGCGGCAGCGAGCCCGAGAGUCUGACGUCUGACAGUUCCUCCUCUGACCACCAGGGGGAGUUUUACUAUGAGAAUGAAGAAUUACCUUUAUACGAGUCCUGUCCUCUGCGGAAUGAUGCCAAUCCAAACCCCACAGAGAAAAAAGAUGAUAUGGCAGCAUUGGCUGAAGAAAGGCUGYCGGAAGCAGCUCUUAAUUUCCAACAUGUGGGAGACAGCAGCGUUCCUGUUAUCCUCAACAUCAUUGGUUUYGAAAGUGCCAAGAGUGAGAAAUAUGAGGAAGCUUUUACCUGCUUUCUGGCUGCAGCUCAGCAGGGUUACAACAAGGCGCAGUUUAACACCGGAGUGUGCUACGAGAAAGGAAGAGGGGUCAGAAAGGACAAAGCAAAGGCUCUGUAUUAUUACAGGCAGGCAGCAGCCGGUGGCCACAAACAAGCUCAGUAUCGUGUUGCAAAGCUGCUUUUGACCAGCAGGGGGCAGCAGAGUGUGGAGGAGUUAAACACAGCUGUUAACUUACUGGAAGAAGCUUCUAAAGCUGGACUCACCAAGGCUCGGGUUUGCCUGGCUUCGUUGUACUCUCGAGAUCCAGCGAGAUAUGGAUGCAAGUCUAUCGAGUACCUGAAGAUGGCAGCAGAGAGUGGYGACGACACCGCCCUGUUUUUCCUGGGUCAGUGUUACGAAAGCGGCUUUGGCGUGCAGCGGAAUUUGAGGGCGGCUGUUGAAUUUUACAGAAAGGCAGCACAAGCAGGAAACAAGCAAGCGAAGAGCUUCCUGACACCACCUCGRGACAUAUACAGUAAGGCGGAUGAUGCGGUGUUGCGCUCCAUCCGCUCAGCUCCGUGCUUCUCUGCGCCAGAGGCUCUCGGCCAGCGACCACCUUCCUCGCUGGCCGCUCAUGUCCCAUCCUCUGCUGGUCACCCUGCUUCUCUUCCUCUUCUUCCUCACUCCUGGAGCACCGGGUCCUUGUCAUCGUUCUCUCCUCCUCUUCACCUCCAUCUUCCCAUCGCUGGGAGCAAACCAUGCCAGUGGACUGUAGGUAUAGGAUAAAGUCAGUACGAGCCAAACAACUUGUAUUACAAAGUGUGAGUGUAGUUUUGCCAAAAGGAAAAAGGUCAGUGUGUUAAGUGUGUACAUAUUGGGAAGUUCAUAAAAGUGUUCAUAGUUUUUUUAUAAAUAUAUUUGUGGGUGCCGGCCAAAAAUCUUGUUUUUUAAGUCUACGAGAGAGGCUUAGCAACAAACUUGUKAAAUCAAAGGAGCUUACAGUCCUUUGAUUGAUAGAGAUGAUGUUAUUUUUUUUAUCAGGUCUCUGUUGUGGCAAAAAAAAAUAAAUUCUACGUGCCUUUGAUUGCAUUUCUCACCUUCCGCACAAGUUAAAAGAAUUUACUGUAGAUUUUUUGUUAGCCACCGGAGUUGCCAAGUUUACUUUAACAUUUCAAAUGUUUGUGAUGARAUGCCAAGUUCAGAAUCGCUACAUGUUUUAUCCUUCAACCUGUUAACCAGAUAUGCUAAUGUGAAUUAUGAUGCACUGUGAGGAGGUUGUUACUGUUAAACGCACAUUUUAAAACAUAAUGAAUAAACUAGCAAGGCUCUACGGUA